UAGUAUCAGUUAUCAGUAUCUGGUAUCAGCAGUACAUUUAUUGUUAUCAUUUCAUUCUUUCGACGUGUGCACUGCUCGCAUCAGAAUUUUCUAAAAUUUUCUGUAGAUUGACCCCCUAGUCUAAGUUAACAGGUGAAUAAUCCAUAUCCCUCAGCCUCUGCUAAUAAAACAAAAUUGUCUGUGUUACCCAUACGACAAUGGUAUUUUCCCAAGGAUCAUAACUUAUCUUACAUAUAUAAUGUAACUUGAAGUUAGGGUUUGAGGGUAUCCACCGAAGAAUCUCUACUUCACAUAAUGGCUAUGUUUUGUUCAAAAAUAUGUAUUGUCCACAACUUGGUCAGAUGUCUAAAUGGUGUCGUCCUGACCAAAAGACCGAUUUGUAUGCGAUCAACCGUCCAUAAAACAUUUCCAGGUUUUGCCAGAAAUCAGUUUCGCAGAAUGAGUGCAGGAGGAGACGAUUUUUCGCAACGUCUAAUUUGGGUAGAUCUGGAGAUGACCGGACUGAACCCUGAGAAAGACAAAAUAAUGGAGGCAGCUGUUGUGAUAACUGACAAAGACUUAAACAUAGUGGCACAGUCUAAUGAUUUAAUCUUAAAUGUCAAUGAAGAAGAAAUCAACAAUAUGAAUGAUUGGUGUAAAAAAACUCACGGUCAAUCCGGAUUAUCAACUGAAUGUAAACUUAGUGGUCUGCUGGCUGAAGAUGCAGAUAAUAUUCUAACAAAAUUUGUUCAAGAACACACGCCACCAGGAAAGUGUCCUCUGGCCGGUAAUUCUGUUUCAAAUGACAGAGUAUUCAUAAGAAAAUAUUUGCCCAAAUUAGAUAAUCACAUUCACUUUCGGGUAAUAGAUGUAACUUCGAUCAGAGAGGUGAUCAGGCGGUGGAAUCCAGUUUGUUCUGCAAACACUCCCCAGAAAAAGUUGACUCAUAGAGCACUGGAUGAUAUUUUAGAAAGUAUUGAUGAACUAAGGUUCUACAAAAACAAUGCAUUUAAGGUUGCAUCCAGUAAUUCUAGCACCUCAUAGUUUUUGUGCUUCACGGAAGGAAUCGAGAAGACCACCAAAAUAAGGAGAUCCAAGUACAAAAACUUGCACCAUCUUCUGUACCACAUGAUCGCAUGACCAAAUCUUUGAGGAGAAAAAAACAAUCUAAUCUUUGAGAAGGAAUAAUCAGCUAAAACUCAAAAUUCAUGUCUGAACUCAGAAUGAAACAGCAAUGCAAACUCUAAGUAUUACUUUAGGCAGCAAUUUGUGAGAUGGCCUUAAUUGUGAUGUUAAUAUUCUAUUGCGUGUCUCAAGCUGCUAUGUGAUUUUUUUUUUUUACUGCAUUAUUUUUAAAUAAAAUGGUAUAAUUAAAUCAACUCUU